CAAAAACAAAAAGGACACGGAAAGACGUUAGAUUUCAAAUAAUCGCAUCCGCCAGCUUUCUUGUGUCUGGUGCUGUUUUGCAUCGAUAUUAUUGUUGAGUGCAUGCGACAGAACUCUUCUGCCCUGGCUUAAAGGGUGAAUAAAAAUUAGCAGUUGGAGAAGGCAAGCCUGGGUGAAGGUCCCAGACCCCCAGUAAGGCUUAAAUAAUUUUGUGAUGGAGGUUGAACAGAAGAAUGACUCUAGCAACACUAUGGCCAAUGGAAGUGCCAAUUCAGGCAAACGUGGCAGGGGCAGACCACGAGGGUCAGUUAAGAAAAAAAACAUCUCUGUGAAAGAGGCACCUCACAAUGCUAGGGCAUCCAAAAGAGUGGAUUUCUUUUCCCCCGAGACUGUGAUCAGGCCAAAAGUCAAGAAGCGCGGUCGUCCAAAAAAGAUAAGAAUCCCUGGAAGACCGAGAAAGAUUCCCCUUACACCAGAGGAAGAAGCUGAGAGACUUUUAAGGUUGAGCAAGAAACGGAAACUCUCGAAGCCUCUCGGGAGACCUCGCAUCCAUCCCCUUGUAGACAUGCCGAAGGAGAAAAGGGGACGAGGUAGACCGCGCAAAUAUGAAUCUAUAGCUUCACAAAAUGGGAGAGUUGACGGGAACCCGAAAAGCGUAAAGAUCACAGAUGUUGGUGGAGAGACACCUCGAGGGAGGGGAAGACCAAGAGGCUCGUUUAAGAAGAAACGGGGACGGCCAGCUGGUUCAUCUCCAGUGAAAAGACCAACAGAAGGAUCUCCAGGGAAAAGGGGGCGGCCACCAGGCUCCGGAAACAAGCUACAGGUCAGACAGGAUGCGAACGGUACCCCUCGAAAGAGGGGCAGACCUCCAGGCUCUGGGAGAAAGCUAAAUGUUAUUUCAGGUGAAAUAAAUGGAACUCCUAAAAAGAGAGGGCGACCUCCAGGAUCUGGUUCAAAGGUAAAGGUUGCAAAGCAGGUGACGGACGGAGUUCCCAGAAAGCGGGGACGUCCUCCAGGUACUGGGACCAAAGUCAAAGAUUUACUGCAGGAGACAAAUGGAAGCCCUCGAAAGAGAGGCCGACCACCAGGAUCAGUAAAAAAACUCAAGAUGGUUACAGAAGAGGCUGUGCAUGUUCUCACUAACAGUGUCCUCUCUGUUGAUGUCCAGCCUCGUAAAAGGGGUCGCCCUAAAAAGACUGAAGCCUUUCCUGAUGCUGAAGACUUAAAGAUCAAGGAAAAUGACGAGCCCUCACCCAAACGACCGCGUAACUCAUUUGCCUCAACCAAGAAUUCCAGUAAGCCAGAUGCUGAAGACCAAAAGGCCAGUGAGAAUGAUGGGUGCCAUGUGGCUGCGACAGGGGAAAACCCUGUUCUGUCUGCUGGAGGUGCUUCAAAACCAGACAGUAUAGAGCAAGUUCGUGAGGAUGAGAUAAACAAUGCCUCGGUUGAGGAGGUUUAUGAGAGUAACAGCAGAAAGGGUUCAUGCUCGAGGGUAGCAGGUAAAUCCCAAAAAAAGAAGUAAAUUAUUUGGUAGAAUAGAGCACACAUAUUUUUGAAUGGGUUUUUACCAGAUUUCAUACAAAUAAUUUGACUUGUUCCGAGGGUUAGCAAUGCAGAUCUUUUUUUUCUUUCUUCUUCUUCUGUUGCUCAGCUCUUGUGCUUUUUGCAUGUCUUUGAAAGAAAUGUUUAUUUUGAUACUCUACAGUUCCCCUCCUUCAGACUAAUCCCCAUCGAAGCAAAUGCAGAUGUUCAAUUGCAUUCAAAUGCUAUUUACAUUUUUAGCAUGUCUUAGUACACUGAGCAUUUUUAUUAUUUAUACAAAUUUAUCAAGUGAGAAAAUAAGCUAUUUCACAACUAUUUGGUAAUUCUGCUAAAUUUUUAUAUCGACAGCAAGAUCGACCGGAACAUGAACUACGUUUUAGUCUAGUCUGUAUCAGUGGAUUUUGAAAUUACAAAAGGCCUGAAAUUUAGGCUUGUUGCUAGAUGAUGUUGAAGUAUUGAAGUAGAGAAGUAUUGGUACAGGCUCUAUGGAGUGGGUAUUUUUUGUUUGUUUGUUUUCCCCAUUUGUUUAGUUUGUCUGUUUUUUAAUAGAAACAUUUGUCUAGAAAAAAUGGCAUGCAGUUUAACGGUCCCUUCACCGGACCGCAAAACAUCAGACUAUAUCUAGCUAGACGUAACUGCAUCCUGAGCCUAUGCUGCCAUCCAUAAGAUCCACUCAGCAGGUCUUAAGUGUCCUGAGAAACCAUGGACUUGAAUACAUAUAUAUUUAUAUAUAAAGCAGGAAUUAAGAAGGAUGGACUGAAUUUUGUUGGAGGUUAAUCAAUGUGCAUGCCAUAAAUGUUUACUGGAGACCAUCGGAGCAAACAGAUAUUUUAUCCUUUCUGGGUGCUUUCUCCCCAAGAGCUAUAAACAAAGAGCUAAAUUAUGAUGGUCUUUACCAAAUUAAAGACCACUGGCCAAGUAGCACAGCUCCAGCUUCACUAUAGAUGUAUAUUUUUUCCAAGUCUUGAUGUUUCCAUAGAAUGUUGUAUGAAGUGGAAAAUGACUAUCGCAGCAUAAACGUCAGCUCGACGAUAUUAAAAAGCUAAACCGAGAAUCAGUUUCUCGUACUCACCACAUUGUGUGACGUGUACGGUUUCAUUAAAAACAUUGCUUCGUUUUUACUCAUUUUAUGACUGCAAAUCAUUUUCUGUUCUUUUUUUUUUUUCUUUUUUUUAAUGAAUUAUGUUCAUUUAGACAGUGAGGUAAUUAUUCCUGUUAGAAGACAGGAGUUAAAUGUCCAUGUGAUGUUUUCUUUCAUGGUUGUGAAAAUAUUUUUCUGCUUAGGUUUCAGGGCUUCAACUAUAAACUAAACAGACAUUUACACAACAGAAGCUGUAGUUAUUAGAAACUCAGAGUUUAAUUUAAAGACAGUUUGAUACAAGACCACACACUGAAGUUUUGAUUUCAUUUUAUUUUUUUAAAUGACCAAGCAGGUGAACACAAAUAUUUAUAUGUAAAUCUUGUUCUUUGUUGCUGAUCUUCUGGUUUUAUCUGUCAGAAUGUACUUGCCAGAUUGUUUGGCAAUUUCUGUCCUAAUUCUUCACAAAUUUUAUGUGAAUUUCCAAAAAAAAAAAAAGGCAGCCAUGCAAUGAAUUGUUUCAAUUAGCUAAGAUUGUGUUUACGUACUGCGUUAAAGUUUGUAUACUUUAAAAAAAAAAAAUCUUUACUUGCUAUAUCAGUUUUCCAAAAAAAAAAAAAAAAAAAAAAAAAGUUUCCAUGAAUUUUUUUAAAUUCGAAUUUCGCUUGAUUGAUGUAUAAAGUUCAGAAAAAUGUCAAAUCCUUCUGUGAUGCUUGUGACAUUUCUGUUCCUAUGUUUAGACUUUCUCCAAAAGCCCUGGACAGAAGCUUGGGGGAAAUAAAAAAGUUAACCACCCUAUUCCAUUUUUAUUUAUUAUUUUUUAAAUAAUUUUUAGGCCCCGUUUGUUGUUGUUACUAAAGCGCCCGUGUUCUUUAACGGAGUCCCAAAAAGGAGAAGGUGGUACCUUUUUAGAACGAUUUAGGAGAAGUGUAAAACAUUCGAGAGUUGCUACCCUAGGCUAAAAAUUACAAAACCUUGUUAGAGGGCAACAUUUGGGCUAAAAUCUAAAUGUUCUCCAUAAACUUUGUUGAACUGCGUAUGUGGGCUAGCCUACAUGUGGUGUGUUUCAUGUCUGCAGCUUGCGCUUGUGGAAUUUGCUGUUGUUAAUUUAGUUAAAGUAGAUGGGUAGAAUGCCUUGUUCUUUGACAGUAGAUGUGUACAUCCCUGGUAGAACAUGUAUAUAAAGCAACUUUCUCCCACCUAAAACGACUGAUCCUAACCAUUUUGCUUAGCAUUAGAUGUAUUAGCUUACAGCAAGUGCAUAGGCUUGUUUUCUACUAUAUUAACUCACUUGAUGUUUGAUUUCUACAUCAAUCUGUACUCUUAACAACUAGAUGCUGUUUAAUGUGAGCACUUGUAUUUGAUAUUUUUUCUGUAAUAAAAUGCUUUCUUCAACCA